AUGGCUUCAAAACAAGACCCCGACAGAGCGAGAAUCCAGAAAUGGCUCGAAGAUAACCACGCCGCCUCCGCGACCCUCUCGGCCUCGCACUGGUGCAACAACUUCUUCUCGUCCGACAUCGUCCUGCAAUUCGGCAACCACCCACCCGUCCAAGGCCUGGAAAACGUGCGUGACCACUUCUUCCCACCGCAACUGGCCCGCCUGGACCUGAUGGAACACUACAUCGAGUACUUCGACUAUGUGGCCCCGCGGAUCUACCAGGCCGCGCGGAUCAGGUACCGCGUCAAAGGCGACGAUCCGAGUGGGAAGGACGAUGUGGAAAUUCCGGGCUUCGCGACGUUUUACGUUAGGGAGAAGGAAGACGGAGGACUGAUCUGCUACCGUAUGGAAGUAUUCAUCGAUUCGAGGCCGCUGGAGAAGAGGUUGCAGGAAGUCUUCAAAGGCGAAUAA